AUGGACUCAGCUCCCACAGAGCUUGCCGCCACUAUCCAGGCUGCAAGCAUCGAACGCCAUCCAGAUCCUGCUCUUGAUACCAACCCGCCCACAGCGGCCGAUAGACGGCGGCCUGUGACCCUAGAGCACGUCAAGCACGAGCACGAUGAUGGAAUUGACGACGAGGACGAGGAUGAAGAGGACAUCCCCUACAGCGUUCUCCGACCGGCGCCCAGGCAUUCCCACCUACCUCCUCUGCCAGAUCUGCGCUUCGAGCAGAGCUAUCUUCGAAGUAUCUCCAAGGCGGAUACAUGGUGGAAGUGUACAACCUCUUUCUCUGUGGCUGGCAACAUUGGAACAGAAAUGCUCGAUUGCACGGCAACACCUUGGGUGCGCGAGUAA